AUGUCCCAACAGCAAUACAUUCUUCCCACCAUCUCGGGAAUGCAAAUUGAAUCGAGAGAAGAACAUUCCUUUCCUUCAACGUUUUCUAAAAAGGUGAAUAUAGCAGUGUUCGGAUUUUCAAAGGAGCAAAAGGAACAUACCAAGACUUGGCAAGCUGUAUUUGCUGAUCUGAAAAGAGAUGGAGGAGAAUGGAAGGAAAAGGAUGUGGAUUUUAAUGUGUUUCCAUUGCUGCCUGAAAUGUAUUGGAUUUUAGCAAGAGGAAUAUUUGAGGCCGUUCGAUAUGCAACUGUGGACGAUCUCAUUCGACAACGUACCUAUUUAAUUCAUACAGAUCAAGUGAAAUUCAGAGAAGCUCUUGGAAUUGAAAGUGACGAUAAAAUUUGUAUCUGUGUUUUUGCCAAAGAUGGAACUUUAUUGUACAAGACAAGAGAGGAGGCAUACACUCCAGAACGAGGUAAUCUUUUCAUACAAAAAGUCGAUGAACUGCUUGCUUAA